UAACAACAUUCGCAUCAAAUUGAGAUCGAUCGGAACUGCCGCCCCGGAGCUGAGGAUGGAAGCGCUCCGCCGGUAUCUCCGCCGCCUCCUCUCUUUCCACCUCGCCCUCGCGGCCGCCAUUCUUCAGUGCCUCUUCUCCCCCUUUCCCAAGAUCAAGCGCAUUCCAAUCUUCAUCCCCUUCAUCGACGCCGUCCUUUCCCUCUAUUUCACGUUCGCCUGCAACCUUGUUGAAUGCUCCGUCGAUUUAGACGACCACACCACCGUGCAUUUCUGGGCGCCCGCCCACCGGAAAUUCAACAAGCCUAAUUUGAUAAUGAUACACGGCUAUGGAGGAAAUGCUAAAUGGCAAUUUGUUCCACAGGUGGCCGAACUAUCGAAAUCCUUCAACCUUUACAUUCCGGAUCUCAUAUUCUUCGGGAAAUCCUACACAAGCGGCGCGAACCGCUCCGAUACCUUCCAGGCGGAGUGUAUUGGCUUAGGGCUGAAACGAUUGGGCGUGGAGAGGUGUUCAAUUUACGCCAUCAGCUACGGCGGUUACGUCGGGUAUCGAAUGGCAGAGAUCCGCUCGGAUAUAGUGGAGAAAUUGGUGAUUGUCAGCAGUGGAGUUGGAUGCUCGGAGGAUCAGAAGGCGGAGCAGCUGAAAAGCGUCGGGGUGGAUGUUCUAGAUUUGCUCUUGCCGGAGAAGCCGGACGGCCUCCGCCGUCUCGUCGAGAUGUCGGUUUUCAAGUCCAGUCCGCCUAAGUGGGUCCCGGACUUCAUGCUCCAGGAGUUCAUUGAUGAAAUGUGCAACACUAACCGGAAAGAGAAACAGGAGCUGAUCGAACAUCUGCUGGCAGAUAAUUCUGAAUAUUGCGUUCACAGUUUAAAUAAGGAAACAUUGCUCAUUUGGGGUGACAAAGAUAAGAUCUUCCCCUUAUGCUUUGGGCAUCGGUUGAAAAGAAGCCUGGGAUCGAAUUCCCGGCUGGAAGUGAUCCCGGACACCGGACAUGCGGCGAACAUCGAUUCCCCCCAUACCCUGAAUGCUUUGAUCAAAGAACACAUCUUACCUAACUCAAACCAGUGAAAUUUGUAUCCUGAUCAGAUGGUAUAUAAUAUAACCCUUACAAUGUAUUUAUGUUAGUGAGAAAGCCAAAGAGGAGAUGAAAGGAUUUCCUCCACAGCCUGCCUCAGAUCCUUUGGAUAAUUUCUUCAUUGCAUUUGUCUUAGUUCCAAAUAUAAUAUGUUUGAUUUAAGCAAAGACAUGCAGAUGGGAAUUGUUUGUUUGUUUGUAUAUGAACAGGAAUGUUGUAUUGCAUAUUUUAUUAGUAUAUAUAUAUAUAUAUAUAUUAGGCUAAA